GAUGAAUUCUCCAGCUGAUGCCCAAAACAAAGUGCGCAGCCAACGCAACUGGCAUAGGCCGCCGCCGCAACGCACGCGCAGUUGGUAAAGAAGCCUCCUUUCUUCCCCCACCCCUUCUCCCUGUCUGGGGGGGAGGGGACAGCCAAGGUCUAGCAGCCGCCCGCCCCCCGCAACUGACAGCGCGACCGGCUUCGGCCGCGUCCCUCGGCGAAACAGAGCGGGCUUGAGAGAAGCCGGGCCCCUUGCCUGUGAGGCGACGAAGCCGCGCAGGCCGCGCCGCUAGCGAGGGGCUUGUAGUCGAAGUGGUGAGGGAGGGAAUGACACCGGGACCCGCUCAGCAGAGGCGGGCGGGCAGGCAGGCGGGCGUAGGGGGCGGCGGCGGCCGUUUCUUCCUCUCCUGCCCUCCCUUAUCCCCACAGGGUAGGGGCCGAGGGGCGUGGUGCAGCCGCCGCCCCUGAGUCCCCCCACCCCCGCUUUCUCAAGCGGCCGCUGCUGGGUAUCCGGAGCUGCUUUCUCCAGCCGUGCGAGGGAGAGGGGCUCCACCUGCCGCCACAGGUUAGAUCCUCUCCGCGCUGUGGUCGCCAGCGCUCUCUUUUGCCUGCGGCCGGCCUAGCGAAGAGGAGCGAGUGGCGGCCAGCUAUGGGCCGGCUGAGGGGAAGGUGAGUUCGGGGUCUCGGAUGCCGAGGGUGCCUCCCGCAGGCGCCGUCCCCUGUAGCCGCGGCAGCACGAGAGCCGGCGGGGCAUGAACCUGGCGCAGCCUGAGGGCCAAGAAGACGAGGACGGGGGAGAAGGAGGAGACGGCGACAUGGAGCCGCCGCUGCCGGACGCUGCUGUCACUACGGCUGUGGCUGGGGAGCUACGCGGAAAGGAGGCUGUAGUGGAGCCCGUCCUAGUCGGGUCUCCGUGCCUGCUGGAGGAAGAAGAAGAAGAAGAGGGCUUGGAGGAGGGCACCUCUGGCCAGCGCAGCUGGGGGCAAGGGCUGAGCCCCGAACUUCAACAGGGUUAUCGGAUCCUGAGCGAGUUUUUACUGGAAAAGCACCGAUCCCUGACAGCGCCUUUUCUGAGACCAUUAGGAGGCCAAGAAGCUGAGGAUGGGCAAAGUGGAGGGGCCGCCUCAAUACAGGAAAGUAGCGGACCUCAACAGCUGUCGGGGAUGUGGUUGCUGAAGAUGGAUGAGAAAUUUUCUACCGGGCAGUAUAAGGGGAUCGCAGAGUUUGUCUCUGAUUUCCGGUUGAUGUUGGAGACCUGCUAUAGGCUGCACGGUGUGGAUCACUGGCUCUCCAAGCAGGCCCAAAAGUUGGAGAUGAUGCUAGAGCAGAAGCUGGCAUUGCUGUCUCGGCAUUUGAGAGAGAAGACAGCAAUAGCAGUAACAUCUAAAGGGUUCUAUGGGCUGGAAGAUGAGAAGGGAACAGCUUGUACUUCAACAAGGCGUCGUUCUACACCUCGCAGUUUAGCAGGCUUGACCACAGGCGUGUUUGAAUCCAUAAUGGUUCAGGUUCUGAGACAGGAAGAGCAACUGAGAGCAAAAGAAGAAAAGAGGCUUAGAGAACAAGAAAGAAAAGAAGCAGAAGAAGCUAGUCAAAAAGAAAUAGAAGAAUGGGAGAAGUCGCUCUUGGCUCAAGCAGCACCCAUUCGGAUGGAAAACAUGUGGGAAAUCCCAGCUAUUGGUCAUUUCCUUUGUUUAGCACAGCACAUUUUAAAUUUACCUGAAAUAAUCUUCUAUGAAUUAGAACGCUGCCUUCUGAUGCCUCAGUGUAGUGCUUUUUUGUCAAAAAUAAUGACUUCUUUGUUAUGUCCUUCUCAUCGGAGAUCUACCUUGCAUCGAAGACCAACCCUUCCUUACAGAACUUGGGAAGCAGCGCUGAGGCAGAAAGUGCAGCAGUGGUAUACAGCUGUAGGUCAAACAGAUAAUCCUGACAGCUGUGCAGAAAAACUUGGUCUUUGUCCUCAAUUUUUUAAAGUCCUUGGAGAUGUUAGUCCUUUGGAAGAAAAACCAUUUCAUGAGCUCCUAUUUUGUCAGAAAGUAUGGCUGCUAAAAGGCCUUUGUGACUUUGUAUAUGAAACUCAAAAAGAUGUGCAAGAUGCAGUACUUGGGCAGCCUAUCCAUGAGUGCAGGGAGGUGAUUCUGGGUUAUGAUUACUUAGAAAAUGCCUAUGUUCACUUCCCACAAUUCUGUGGUGCUGAUGUACGGAUUUACAAACAAAAGCCUUUUCAUGCUCCUGAGUUUCCAGCUCCUCCCAUCAAAGUAAAAAAAGUACCACGGAUUAAGCUGGAGAGAGCGAAAGGUGAAUAUGUUGCCAAAAGCAAUGGAGAAGUUAGACUUAGUCCUAAAGAAGAGCUGCUUCCUCCGUACCCAAAGGCAGAGCCUGGGAAGAUCCACUUGGACCAUUUGAAUGUUGCCCCAGAAAAAGAAGAAGAAGAAGAAAAAUUCAACUGUGAAGAGAAAAUUCAUACAGACUGUAACUUUACAACUGACUGCUAUAAAGCAAACAGAGAUAAAGUAAUUGCUCCAGGAGAGACUGUUGGCUUUGGGGCACCUCUCAGCCCAGGAGAAAUAAGGGUUUUGGAAAAUGGGGGGAAAUGUGGUGAAUCUUCAACAGUCAAAACUGAUACCACCCCAUUAAAGGAGAAUACUCUUAAAACCUGCCAGGUGCAUGUGAAUGGAAAUCACAGUGACAAUCCGGACAUGAAUUGCCACAGAGUUGCUAGGGAAGUGCAUUCAGAGGGUUCUGUAAGGAAAAAAACACUAAAGCUUGGUAAGAUGCGAGUCAAAAAGAAGAAAAAGAAGAAAAAGAAAUUGAAAGAUAUUUUGAAUGAAAAUCUCCAGAGAAAGCGUGAGAUUCACCUCCACUCAUUGAAAUCUUAUAAACCUGAGAUCCAGAAUAAAUUGUUCAUGAUGAAAAAGAAAGCCAAACACAAGAAGCACAAAUCUGGAAAGAAAUCAAUAUCUAAGAAAGCAAUUACAAAGAAGAGGAAAUCUGUUAUGAAGCCUGCUGUCCCAGAAUUUCAGCUUAUUUGCACUAAUCUUGAUGAACUCAGGGAAUUAAUUAGAAAAAUUGAGAAUGAACUCAAAGAUGUGGAGAAUAUUAAAAAGAAAUCGGGCAGGUGGUAUCAUCGAAAGCAAGCUGUAAAAGAACUACACUGUACUCUAAUACGACUGCUAAAUGAAUUGUUACCAUGGGAACCAAAAUUAAUGAAGGCGUUUCAAAGAAAUAGGUCUCGAUUAAAAAAGGACUAUGAUGACUUCAACAGACAGCCUGACCAUGAUACAUUUAUUAGAGAACAGUGGACUAAUGAAGAUGGUGAAAUAAAUACUGGCAAAGAGAUUUCCAGUUCAUUAGUCAGCGAGUCAGAGCAUGCUGAGUUUCUUAAAAGAGAUUACGCAGAUGCAGAAGACAUAAGACUGUCCGAAAUGGAUCUUGCUGCAGGAAAAGCCAGACCACUAAAAAAAGAAUUGAUGUGUAAAGAAAUACAGAAGACACUGCCUAAAUCUGUUAAACGCCUGUCCAAGCAAAACAGUUAUUUAGAUGAUAGCACAAAAGAGUGUUCACCAAGGAAGAAGCUGAAAUUAAGCACAAGCGAUACCACUGUCCAUGGUAUAGAGAAUGACCUGUCAAUUGAUGGCUGCUUAAAUAAACUUAAACAAAUAGAAUGCUCAUCUUCCCAAUCAAUGGACGUAACAAACUCUGCAACAUCAAUAUCAGGCUUAGUAAAAGGGACCAAACCCAUCCAAGCCUUGCUUGCUAAGAACAUUGGGAACAAAGUGACCUUAACAAGCCAGCUGCCGCCCACUGCAGGUAGAAGCAUUUCUGCUUCUGAAAAGUUGAUGAUGUCAACUAUGGGUUCUUCCCCAAUCAAACCAGUAUUGCCCUGCCAGACUGGUUCAAAGAGUCCUUUACAAGUGUUGUACAAAAUGCCAGGUGGCCACUGUGUGCCAAUAGACCUGCAUAACAAUUCAGUGAAGAUUCAGAUGCAGCCUGUGGUUGAUGGUAAGCCAGGAGAGAAAACCAUGCAACAAGUGCUUAUUUUGCCUAAAAAUUUCCUUAUUCAUCACAGAGAAAACAAAAGUGUGGCAAAAGAAAUCCAGCCAUUGCUGCAAAAGACCACUGAACAGCACUGUAUCUCUCUUCCGCAGCCAACCUCUGUCAACACUACUUUAGCACCUGCCUUUCCAACCUCAACUAUAAAUGCUGCUACUGCAUUUCUGCCCAGCACAAACUUUAAGAAGAAUACCACAUGUUUGCCACAAGCGGCUAAUGCGACGAACAGACUUCCAACUUUGCCUUCUAUAGCCCCCACAGGUAAUGUAUUAGCAUCAGUGGUGAAAAUGAGCCAAAGCGAGACUGCUAAAACAAAGACUAUGGUUUCAGCUGCGACUUUUCCUGUUGCUUCAGCCACUGUCUCCUCAGCAGUUCAGACUUUGACAACAACACUCCCCCAAAGUGUUUCUGCUUGUACCAGCAGCUCCUCCCCAAAACUAGCAUCCCCACAAACAAGCAGUGAUAUUGGUGAGCCUAAACAAGAACUGAAAACAAUCUGUAUCAGAGAUUCACAAUCUAUCCUUGUUAGGACGCGAGGUGGGAACACAGGCAUUGUUAAGGUGCAGGCCAAUUCAGAGCAGGUUUCCCCUAAUAACUUACUGCCGAGUUCUGUUUUCACAUAUGCCCCUCAACUUCAGGCAUUUUUAGUGCCCAAAUCCACACAAUUGCCAACCUCUAACUUUCCAUCUGUAACAACAGCGAUACCUAAUUUCCCAACACUUGUCCAAUCUCCUCCAACAACUUCUACUUCCAUUCCAACUGUUUCUGCUAGUGUGAAUCAGGUAAUGGGGAAAAACAUGACUCUUGCAUAUGGGCAGCCUCAUAAUAGCAGUACUGUGGGUCAUGGAAUGCAAAAAACGGUACAUGCUUCCUCACCUACCUUCUUGUCAUCUCUGUCAUCAUCUAACAUUGUCAUGCCAGCACUGCCAAAUACUUCUACUAAUACGAUGAGCAUUUCUCCAGGAAAUAUUGGGCAGAGUACCAUGGGUACCGCUCAGACUCCUUUUAUUAAUCAACAGAUGGAUAUAAAUAAUACAAAAUUUCCUGCCACGCAGCAUGAAACCACAGCCACACCCAGCGGAAGUGUCAUGAGUGGUGCUCAAAUUCCAAAACUUAUGUUGGUCACAAAUCCAUCCCUUCUUCCUGCCUGUGGAACUGCAGGUGUCAACCUAAUCCCUGCUCCAACAUCCACUGGCAUUAACACACAGAAGCUGGUUUUCAUUAAUACUCCACUUGCCAAUAUUCAGUCAAACACCAGUAUAACUGCAGAAUCAUUUAAACAGACCUUCCCCACUUCCAUGGGCAAACCAUGUGUUAAAAGCACAGAGCAGCCUCAGUUAGUCCUCAUUCCAUCUACUGUGGGAGCAUCGAUAAAAGUAAAUACAUCACCAACAGUUUCUCAGAUAAAAGAUGUGAAAAUUGGACUUAACAUUGGUCAGGCCAUUAUAAAUAGCACAGGUAAUGCUCAGAGUGUUCCAUCAAUUAACAUUAUGCAGUCUGCAGCAUCCAAAGAUGCAGAAGAGAACCCUAACCAGAGUGUCAUUCUGCCGUUGUCAACAAGCAGUAGUUUGGUUCCAGUAUGUUCAAGUUUGGCAAGUCAGACUGUUGUAACAAGACCAUCAACUAUGUCUUCAGUAACAACAACGAAUGCAUGUUUAGAUUCUGCUUCUAUAGCAUUGAGUGGAACUACUGCUGCAACACGUCCUACUGUCUUGGCUGGUGGAAUUGAUGAUUCAACAAAAGUAGCACCAGUUUUAACUGCUCGACAACGUAUCUCUACUGUUGGAAAUACUGUGGCUAUAUCAACUGUGAAAACUGGACAUCUUGCUUCGUCUGUUCUGAUUUCAGCUACUCAGCCCACAGUGUCUCAUCCAAGUUUAUCAUCUGCUUUUCAGUUGCCAGUUACAGUUGCCUUGCCUGGACCUGUGAAUGGUACCCCAAAAAUGAUACACACGGUUCCUCAGUUGCCAGCAGCUCCAGGUGCUGCAAAAGGUAUGCCACUUUCAAAAGGGCAACAGUCCACGUUACUCCAAUUUCAGUCCCCAGGAAUUUCCACUACAGUGCCAACAAAUGGAAGUGCUCAAAAGCCUCAAACUGUAUUUCCCCCUAAUGCAUCGAAUGCAGGUAAAGUGAUUAGUUUUUCUAACUUCGUUCCCCUGCCUUGCCAGCCAAUGCCUCCUAAUUUGGUGAAGCCAACUCCUGCUUUCACUUGUGCUCCUAGUGCUUCUACCACUCCUACUGUUCCAGUACCACCAUCUGUGAUGAGUAAUGUGGGAGGGCAGUUGAAUGAGUCUUGUGUUCAGCACAAAAUAAUUAUUAACACUUGCACUCCUUUGGCACCUGGAACUCAGAUCAUGAUCAGUGGCACUCGAUUCAUAGUUCCACCUCAAGGUCUCGGAGCUGGCAGCCAUGUUCUUCUCAUCUCUUCAAAUCCAAAACUUGGUCCUCUUUUAAGUGUUAGUAAUGGCUAUGGGUUUCAGCGCAUGUCCCAUACUACUGCUGCUCCCCAAAAGACAGCACAGGUGUCAAGUAAUACAUUAAGUUGGCAGCCAUCAAAACAGCCUUUGAAAAGCUCCACCAAAAUUGUGAACUCCCUUGGAACUGCAAACACUCUGCCUAUUGUACAUGCAACACCACAGAUAGUAAACAGUGCUACAAAACCAUGCACUUCACCGUCUGCAACACUGUCUACAUCUUUGGUAGCAAAAACCCCAUCUUCCACGCUAGUUAACACAUCUUUGGUUUCUACAACUCACAGUACUAACUCACAGCUGCAAAGCAGUGCAUCUGUAUUGCAACUAGAUACAUCUAUCAAAAAACUGAUGGUCAGCCCAGAAGGAGCUAUUUUGAAUGCUAUAAAUACUCCAACAUCAAAAACUUCCAAUUUGCCUUCAUCCUUUUCUCCUGACAUAGUAUCCACAACCACGAAUCCUGCUGUGGUCUUCCCUAAUUUUCUGAAAUCCAGCAUAGGUGUACCUGAUACAGCUGCAUCUUGAAUUUAAAGUAUUGAGUCGUUAACAUGUUGGGGCAUUCUUUUGUGUAUGAAGUUAAUUUAUAAUUGUUAAAAAUACUUCUUAUACUGUUUAAAACAUACCACACAUGUGGCUGAUGUACAUAAACCCAAGCCAUGUAGUAGCAGUCUUCAUCUGAGCAGAAAACAGCUGCGAGGCAGAGAACCAAACUAUUUUGCAUGCCCUUGCAAACCUAUAGGUUUGAGUGGGUUCACAAAUUGGUAUGACUGUUGUAUCACACACCCAGCUUGGGAUAACUGUGAACUGUUCUGUGCUCAAAUUCAAGAUGGUUUCUAUGUGCCCAGAGUUUGUGUGCAUAUGGCCAUUGGUUUUUUUAAAAGACUGCUUUAUUUUAGAUUGCAACUGCUUUUUGUUUUUUUUUCUUAUUUAAAAAGUGGCAAGAAAACUCCUCUUUUCAGACCUGUGCUUUCAAAGGUUGUUUAAUGAAGUGGUCAAAAAAGAAAAAGAAAAAGACCAUUGGUUAAAACAUGUUGUAGAAUGCAAUGUUUGAUUCUCGAGUAGCACAUUUUCCAGGGAUAUGUGUCUUCUCACAACUUAUACUUUCCCCAUCUUGUUCAUAAACAAUACAGUACACUUCUUUUGCAAACAUUUUUGUUUCUGUAAAAAUAAAAAGGCAUAUUUAUGCAUUGUAAAAAUGCAGUCUAUGGUGUAAAAUUGUACAUAUCCCUGACUCCCUCACAGUCUGUACUAAACUAUGUGUAAAAAGAACUACUCUUGUCUUAUUUAUGUUUUGUUUACAUAAUGUAUAGUUUUUUAAGUAUUUUAGUAAUUUUGGACAAGUGUACUGUUUAGCAAUAAUGCAGAAGAAUCUACAUGUAAUAAUAAAACAAAGUUGCUGUA